GGUGAGCGGCGGAGCCCCGCGGCCGGGCAGGAUGUCGGCGGAGCGUUCGAGCGUGCGGGUGGUGUUCUUCGGCGCGGCGGGCGUGGGCAAGACGGCGCUGAUCCAGCGGUUCCUGGCGGGCACGUUCGAGGCGCAGCACCGGCGCACGGUGGAGGAGCUGCACUGCCUGGACUACGAGCUGGGCCGCCAGCGGCCCCCCCUGCGCCUGGAGAUCAUGGACACCAGCGGCAGCUACUCCUUCCCGGCCAUGCGGAGGCUGGGCAUCCGCCGGGGGGACGCCUUCGCCCUGGUCUACUCGCUGCAGGAGCCCGAGUCCUUCCAGGAGGUGCGCCGCCUCCGGGACGAGAUCCUGGAGGCCAAGGGCCGCCAGCCCUGCCCGCCCAUCCUGCUGGUGGGCAACAAGAGCGACCUGGCCCCCGCCGGCGCCGACCCCCGCCUCCACCUCGACUGGGGCGACCCGCACCUGGAGGCGUCCGCCAAGCUGGGCGACAACGUGCCGGCCCUCUUCCGACAGCUGCUGCUCCUGCUGCACCUGCCCGGGAGGCUCAGCCCCGUCCUCCGCCACCGCCGCCGCCGCCGGACUUUCCCCGAAUCCUCCUCCUCCUCCUCCGCGCAGCCCUCCGGGACGCCCGCCAUCCGCAAAAGCCACAGCUGCACCGUGUCCUAGCCCCGCGGCGCUCACUACGCAGUCCCCCCUC